UUUCUUCGUACUUCUCUGUCGACGACAAGCCAGCCGAAGUCACUCCCCCGACAACCGCAGCACCACCAAAUCUUUCAAAAUGGGCCGUAUGCACUCUAAGGGCAAGGGCAUUUCUGCCUCCGCGAUCCCCUACUCGCGCAACCCCCCCUCGUGGCUCAAGACCACCCCCGAGCAGGUCGUCGACCAGAUCUGCAAGCUCGCCAAGAAGGGUGCUACCCCCUCCCAGAUUGGUGUCAUCCUCCGUGACUCCCACGGUAUUGCCCAGGUCAAGGUUGUCACUGGUAACAAGAUCCUUCGUAUCCUGAAGUCCAACGGCCUUGCCCCCGAUCUCCCGGAGGACCUGUACAUGCUCAUCAAGAAGGCUGUUGCCGUCCGCAAGCACCUUGAGCGCAACCGCAAGGACAAGGACUCCAAGUUCCGUCUCAUUCUCAUUGAGUCCCGUAUCCACCGUCUUGCUCGCUACUACAAGACCGUCGGUGUCCUUCCCCCCACCUGGAAGUACGAGUCUUCCACUGCCUCCACCAUCGUCUCCUAAGCGUAGAGCACGCACCGCGAGAUAUUGGUGAAAGAGGAUGGGCAGCCGAGUCGAGAUGGAGUGAUCUUUGUCGGCUUCUACGGGUGUCUUCUUUUGCAGCAUGCUUAGCAUGACGUCUGGUCGAUCCACACAAACUGAACAGGCCGUUGGGGGAGGAAUGGAAAGGAAACUUGCAUUCUCGGAAGUCACUGCAGAGAAGAAAGGCAUCGGGAUGCAGUUUUGCUGCUCAACGUGCUCAAAUCAUCUGCUAGGCGGAUGUCUAGCAGCACCCAUGAUGAAGACAAAGUCAGCUGGGGUUUUUGUUUGAAAAAUACAAAUUCCUCGAUCCUCUUGCCUCAAGUUCUGUUUUCCUGCGUAUCUCAUGACCACUGUGACGUGAAACCAAUGUUAUCCUAGCCAUACUGUUGGAAGUCCGUGUCCUGGGCCGUCCAUUCACUGGCCUUGCCCAUUCACUGGCACUCCCUUCCUGGGUAUUUAGGCUGCCCUGGUUUCCGUUUCUCCUCUUCCGUUAGACAACUCCAGAAUCAAGCCCAUUUCGUUGUCGCUUUUCCAGCCUCCAACACAUACUUAAGCGGUAUCAUGAUGUGUCACCUUUCAGAUUCUGUCACGUA